AUGCACUACACCCGGUCUCAGCGCCCCCCUCCUGGGGGGUUGAUCUCACUCGACAUGUCUCGUCGGCCUCGUGCCAAAAAGAAUCCAGUCUUGCCUACUACUGCCUCCGAUACGGCUACUACUUCCAGCACCGCUCUUUCUGGAGCUGCUUCCACCUUUGUUCCGGCUAUCACUGACACUGCUGUGAUCGACACCCCAAGCACCCCUCUUUCUGGAACUGUUCCUGUUUCCCUUCCGGCUCUCAAUGGCUCUGGUAUAAUCCCUACUUCUAGCACCGUUCCUGCUCCUAGCUCUACCCCGGUUGCCACUGUCUCCGAUAAGAUCGACACUCCCAGCACCCCCCUCUCUGCAACAGCUUCCACCUUUUUUCCAACCAGCACUGGCUCUGCUACGAUCGAGAAUCCCAUUACUCCUCUUUCUGCAACCGCUUCCAAUUUUGUUCCAACAACCACUGGCUCUGCUGUGAUUGAUACCCCCACCGCUUCUCUCUCUGGAACUGCUCCUGGCUCUACUCGGGCUACUCCUGGCUCUACUCGGGCUACUCCUGGCUCUACCCGGGCUACUCCUAGCCAUACCCCGGCUGCCACUGACUGUGCUACGAUCAAUACUUCCAGCACCCCUCUCUCUGGAAUUGCUCCCGGCUCCGGUAUGGUGUCUACUUCUAGCACCACCCCCUCGGGAAAUGCUUCUAGCUCUACCCCAGCUGCCACUGGCUCUGCUAUGAUCGACACUUCCAGCAUCCCUCUCUCUGGAAUUGCUCCUGGCUCUACUACGGCUGCCACUGGCUGUGCUACGAUCGACACUUUCAGUCCUCCUCUCUUAGGAACUGCCCCCGGCUCCGGUAUGGUGUCUAUUUCUAGCACCGUCUCAUCGGCAAAUGCUUCUAGCUCCCUCCCGGCUGCCAAUGACACCGAUAUGAUCUCUAUUGUUAGCGCCGUUCCAUCUGGAACUACUACUGGCUCUAUCACCAUGACCCACAGUGAGGACGCGGAAGACCUCCGUUUCGUAAGUGCCCCAAAUUAG